AUGGUAGAAUACAAGCAGAGAUGUGAUAAACCAGUACUUUGGGAUCUUGUUUCUGUUGUACCAGUCUUCAGCAGUCUGGGGAAAUCUAAUGUCCUCCAUUGUCUUUGGGCGAGACUAAACCUCAGGUCAGUGUGACAAUAAAUAAAAAUUAACUGCUACUGCUGCUUUAUGGGUUUCCACUGUAGAGGCAAAAUGUGGCAUGGUAUAACUUUGCUACAAAGCUACAUCUUGUAUGUAAUUCACAAUAUUGACUCAUUUACACUAUUGACUCAUAAAUUCUAUGUUGCAUUGAAAUGCUGUGUCAGUGAGUUGUGCCUUUUCUCGCUACAAAUUGUGUUUCAUUGUCUUUACUGCUGUAUUUCUCUCCAGUCAACAUCAGUGGGAGUGAUCUGCAGUUCUGUGGAGUGGGUAGCUGUGGGAACUUCAGUGAGGCCCCAGGCAACUCCACCAGACCACCAGACAGAUUAGUGCACACUCUGAUGGGCUGCUAUGUUGGUGAGCCUACUACCGAAUGACAGAAAUAUAUCAGCUAUACAAAUACGAUAGCCAAGCCAACAUACAGUGUUUCAUAAUGCAGUUUUAAUCAAAUUGUGUCUUGGUUUUGCAGGUGUGGGUUUGCUGGCCAUGCUCUUAGUGGCUGUGUUUCUGGAUAACAUUGACUGA